AGUAGGUAACAUACGGAAAAGUUUCCUCUAAUGAGAAAUCAGAGGCAGAAAUGUGUAGGAUUCUUUAUCUAUAAACAGUGAAUACAUUAUAGUACGGUUGGAUCAUCAGAUAGAAGAUCUGGAAAACAUAUUGCAUUCAAAUUUUACUGACAAGUAACCAUGAAUAAAAACGUCACCAUGGAAAACCAAAGCAAUUGUACAGCUGAAAUCAUACCACAAACGGGUUCUGAUUUUGAAAACAUUGGCGUGAUGUGUAUGCUGUCAGUAUUCAGUGUCAUGGGAACGUUUGGAAAUGGAUUAGUAAUUUAUGUGUACUCGAAAAAACGUGAUAAAUUGACAUCUAACGUGUUUAUAAUGGGUUUAGCUUUAACUGAUUUUAUUACGUCAUUGUUGAUAAUGCCAUAUACUGUGGUGUUUACCUUUUUGGAAGAAAAAGUGCUUUUUGACAUACCAUGUAAAAUCUUUUAUUUUCUCGUUACCUCGAAUGUGCCCCUCUCGGCUUUUAUCAUGGUGGCUAUAGCUGUUGAUCGUUAUCUUUGUAUAUGUCAUCCAUUCCUUCAUCUAUUGACAGUUCCAAGAGCUAAAAUUGUAUUGCUAAUACAGUUAGUCUUUGCUGGAAUACUUGGUUUGAUAACAGCACUGAUGCAUUCUGUGUAUGCCCUACCAGAAGAACUUUUAGAUUUGGAACUCGAAAUUCCAUAUCAGAAAAACAUCAGCUUUGCUGGAUGCGAAACCGUUUACACAGGAACUUGCAAACCUACAAGUAGAUUAUUUAGUGUAGAAUUUACUUUAUAUUAUCAAAAAGUAUAUUCUUCCUUCUUUUUGAUAUCUUUACUUUUAGUGUUUACACUUUAUAUAAUGAUUUAUAAAUAUGUCACAUCCAGACGGGCAAAACGCCAAAAACAGAAGAAUGCCAAACAGUUUUCAACCACAAUGGUUCAGACAGAAGCGUCACAAAUUGAUAACACCAAGGACAGUCAUGAUCACCUGCAUCCUACAAAAGUUGAAGUGAACGAGAAUGGAGUCAGUACGACCUUACUACCUCCGGACCACCAGGAUGAACAGAUGAGACAACAGCGGAAGUCAGUGCGAGAGAAAAGGGACCAUAAUGCAUUAGCAAAUAUAAAAACGGCUGUGAUGCUAUUCGUAGUGGCUGUUGUGUUUGUCAUAGCUUAUCUUCCUCCCUGGCUAAUGGCUCUUAUGGUUGUUCAGUAUAUCAAAUUUGUCUUUUAUUCGUAUUUCGUAUACAACGUUGUCAAUCCAUUUAUUUACGCUUUCAUGAAUCCAACAUUUCGAACAGACCUAAAAAAGGUGUUUGGAAAAUGUUUAACUAAGAAGUGAAACACCAAAGCCAAAUAUUAAUUAUUGUAUACGUAGUGUUGUUUACAACAGAUUCAUGAAUCCAACGUUUAGAACAAACUUGAAAAAGGUGUUUGGAAAAUGUUUAACUAAGAAGGGAAACACUAAAGCCAAAUAUUAUUAUUGUAGUUUUGUUUACAACAGAUUCAUGAAUCCAAUGUUACGAACAGACUUGAAAAAGGUGUUUGGAAAAUGUUUAACUAAGAAGUGAAACGCCAAAGUCAAAUAUUAAUUAUUGUUGUGUUGUUCACAACAGAUUAAUGAAUCCAACGUUUCGAACAGACUAGAAAAGGGUGUUUGGAAAAUGUUUAACUAAGAAGUGAAACACCAAAGUCAAAUAUUAAUUAUUGUAGUGUUGUUCACAAUAGAUAAACAGUAUUUAAUACUCCAAUGACAAUAAAUAUAUACAUUUCAUUGAUGUGGAGAUAAAUAAUUUGAAAACAAUUCACUGUUUCAGAAUCUUAAGGACUAUGGAUAAUUGCAUUGUUCGUACACCAACAUGAAAAUAACAUUGGUCGCAUUUUCAUUGUUUAUGAC